CGCUAGACAAAAUACGUGGAGGAUUUCCCAUAUCAAUAAACCUAUAAAAAGGACAUUUGUCCAUCUUUAUCACCACUAUUUCAAUAAUCCCCAUUUUAUACAACUCUGAAAAAAAGUAACAGAAAUGGAAGAUGGUAUGAGUGAUAUUGCAAACUUUGGAUUCUCCAACUCUGGAGGUCAAGAAGUAAAAGAACAAAUUCAAGAAAAUGUUGAAGAAAUUAGUAAAAGUGACAAAGGAAAAGAAGAAGGUGGACUUAUUAAUAAUUUAAUUUCCAACUUAAUGAGCCCAAGAGUUGGGGAGGCUAAAAACAAAGAAAGAAAUGAUCUUUUUGAGGUUAAAGAUGAAGAAAAUAUAGAAGAGAAAAGUGGUAAUGACAACACUGGAGAUGGAGGGAUUAUCAACAAUUUGAUCUCCAACAUUUUUCAUCCCGUGGAGAACCAAGAAAACAACAAUAGUGGAGUAGGAGGACAAAAAAGUGAGAUGAGGAAAACAGAGGAAGAAAGUGGGAGUGUUUUGGAUAAUAUUAUUUCCAACUUGCCAACCCCUCUUGCAGAUGAUGCAGUUCCAGCAACAGAUGAAGCUUCAAUACUGAUUCAUUCAAUUGUUCAUGACUAGACUAGGAGAUGUAGUGUUCUACAAAUGAGUCAACAACAUACGUGCAGAAGAUGAAUGAUUAAUCAAGAAUACAGUUCCCAUUUCUGUGGAGAAGAGUGGGGUUCUAUAUACAUAGACCAUAAUUAAUUACAUGUGCAACUUGUGAUUCUGUCAUCUCAUUCACAUUCUGUUCACUGCUGGGUUUUUCUUGGUAUUAUUUUUUGGGUUUUACUUGUUAGAUGCUUCUUAGACAGGUCUGAUUUGAUUCGAAGUCAAGUUAUGCUGAUUAGUUUUUUUUUAUAUUAUUUUUUUAUUGAUGGUUUGAUUUGUUGCGUAUUAAAGUAAUAUGCGUCUCAACUCUGCUUGUUAAGAAAAAUAUAAUUAUUUAGUAAAAAUAAAAU